UCCUGCUGCGCAAUGCGGGUGCUCGCGUGAGCUGUAGAGCUCUACUGCAGCCAGCAGCCAAUCAGAGGCGCGAUCACGUCACGCGCCCCGUGCACCCGCACCCACACACUCACACUCUGCGCGGUCACGGCAGCAGAAAGAAUACAAUGCACGCCACCCUGGUGAGAAAAUAAUGAAGCAAUGGACGAAUUAAACGCAUCCGUCGCUCUUUUGAGAGGAGCACGCUUGUAACGCAAGGUACAAACUUACAUCAUACUGAGUCCAAAGGAAGGGAUCCUAACUUGUCAAGAAACAGCCUAUGUGGAUCACUUAUUCUUUGAUUUGUGAACUGUACGAUUGUUAACUUGAUGUCCUGACCAUGCGUUCACAACAAAGUUUCAUGUCAUUUAUGAACAGCAAGGACAGUGCUAUACCUAGAAAAGACUUUGAUCGCCUGUGCUGUGCAAAAUGUCGCUUUUCAACCAAGGACACUGACCUGUUCGAGAGGCACGUGUCCCAUCAUAAGGAGGUGACUUUCUCCUGUGCGCUCUGCAGCUAUGUUUCCUACUCUAAAACAGAGUCUCAGAAACACAUUGUUUUGCACACUGGCUCGUAUCCGUACAGGUGUAGCUUCUGCUCGUACGGAGCCGUGCGGAGAGACUACAUGGUGAAGCAUAUUCUUCGUAUACACAAGAGAAAUGCAGAAGAAGGCUUCAUAACUGAUUUUGUCGUAUCCACCCCAGAUGGAUGUCCAUCUGUUCCUGAUGCUCUCAGGAUUUCAGAUUGGCCUGAAAGGAACGACCAGUGUGCAAUUCCCAAUUCCCAUGUGGAACGCUCCAGUGGAAGUCAACCCGACCAAUCAUCUGUUAUUAGUAAAACAGUGAGCCAAACCAGGGGUAAUCGAGCUCGUAUGACCUACAGUUUCACAAUGCCAUCUAUGACCAAUAAAACAACAGUCAUUCCGGUUUCUAAGACUCAGUCCACCAUUCCCAGCUGUGCUCCAAGCACCAGUCACUCGUUAGGCAACACGCCACAAGUGGUUCUAAGAUCACGGGAGGCAAACAGCAACCUAUUGAAUGCGCAACCCUGUGCCGAUGGGAGAAACAAGGUGGUUAGUAGCAGAACCGUUUCGGAAAAGCUUAUUCCGAAAGCUAUGUUCCCAAGAGUCCAUAUUAGCUCUACAGCAACACUACAGCAAAGCCCAAAGGUUGGUGUUCCUGAAAAGGCAAUGGCUUCAAACAACAUUCCCAGAGUACAGGUCCGAGCACCUAUUGAAUUGAACACCCCACUUCGACCACUACUUAAUGCGCCAUUAUCCAAGAGGAAUAUUCAGAUGGAUCAGAUGGCUGGUCUGUCCAAAACAGGGCUUAAAGUUGGGACACAGAGACCAGUAGUACUUCCCAGCAGUCCAAUCAAACGUCCACUGCACUCCAAUGCAGAAAAGAGCAAUCAGUCAAGAGCGACCUCCAGAGCACCUGUAGGAUCCUCAGCAGAGACAUCGAGCACAUUAUCCAGUGUCCAAGUGGAACUGUUAGCGCCUUUGAACCAGCCAAUUCAACACAACAAGCCUCUGACCGUGUCCUGUCCAGAGGAGAUCAAUAUUCCUGCUGGGUGUUUGGUGGAACUGGUUGAGGUGAAAAAUGUCAAUGGGACUCGAGAGUUGGAGCUACGGAUGAUCCCACCCAAUGGGAGUCCGCAAGACCAGAAGAGCAAUGUGGAUGAACCUUCAUCAGCCACAACUGGAGGCAGACUGUCCUUCAAAUGCCAAGUUGCCAAAGGGUGUCCAGUCAGCUCUUCCACGUCUUCAUCAUCUCAUGAAGUCAAACAGCAGCAGCCGUCAUCGUGCACCAAUGUUCAGACUAUCACAAAAUCUGUUCAGUCAGCACACAAACCACAGUGUUCUUCAGAGACGCCAGCCAGGAGCAAACACAACCCCAAGACCAAGGAUCCAAAGAUCAUCACGCUUGACCGUCCAGAUUUGAGUUCUGAAAGCCUUCCUGUGAUCUCAUCCGUUUUCUCUCUUUGUCCCACACCUAAGUCAACUCAAAGCAUCUCAAAGUCCUCGCCAGAAAUGCAACGGUGGAAGGUGGCAACAAAAGAGCCAAAGGACGAGGUGAAGAAUGCAGAGCAAUCACUAGUCUGUAGUAUUCUGAUUAAGAAGGAGGAAGCUGAGGACAAACCCAAAGGUGCUUCUUUGGGUCUCAAAGAAACAAAGACAGAGGAUGAGACUAGUGCAGGCUCAGCAAUAUCUAAGACUCUUGUUCAAGUGAAAACAUCAGAAAAACCCCCAAACAAAAGUCAUUCAAAACAAGGUACAUGUUUGACAGUGUCUCAUCCAUUGGUCGUGCCAAACCAAAACAUUGUUCCAUCAAACAAGGAUGACAUUUCACAGCAAGACAGGGGAAAUUCGGUCCAAAAACACAAUUCCAGUGUUUCCAACAUGUAUCCAAAAGUAGCUUUGUUCAGGAUUCCCAGUUCUCUGUUGGAACCCAAGAAGAAACCUCCAGAAGCCCCAACACGAGAGGAGAGUUUGAUGGCACGACCGGUUCUCAGCUGCACGCUAAGCGAGCAGAACGUGUCUGGAAGUCCUGAGGUGGCCAUCAAGCUGAUACUAAAGAGAAACCUUUGUGAAAGUGAAGAGAAGCACCAAGACUCUCCACCACGGAAAAAGCACAAGAAAGAAAAGAGAAAAGCCAAGAAACACAGGUCGUCAUCGGUUGGGACAGGCCUUUCUCAAUCAUCAAAUGAAGGUCAUCAGGAACUGAGGUUAACUCCACUGAAAGUGGAUCAGCGUAUCAAGCUUCCUGGUCCGAAUCAGCCGGUUGUGGUUCUGAACCACCCCAAUCCUUCGGUUCAGAGCGUCAGUGUUGGCGUCCAAACCCUGAAGAACUAUAAGUGGAUUCACUCAGUGGAUCACGAGCAGGAACAGAGGGAACAACGUGUGAGAAAACGGCCUUCAUUCAAGAUGAAACUCAAGAAAGUUAAUGGACAGAAGUAUCAGGUAAUCGAGUUCGUUCUAAAGGGAGUCUCGGAGAAACAGCUCUCGUAAAACCAGCUACAUUCCCUUUUAGACACUUCAUGUUUCUAUUGAUUUUCUUAUGAUUGUGCUAUUUAGGAAAACUCAAGCAGGAUUCUUUUCAAAUUUAACGAUAAUAAAGCUAGUGGGUGACGUUGGUAGUUCGAUGCCAAUAAACAUUAUCUUGCAAUUAGACUGACCAAGUUUUAGCUACUCUGGUCAUAUGUACUUGGGAAUAAACAUACUUUUUUCCAAAAUGAACUAACUAUUAAUUAACCAGAUUUUUCCCAGUCCUGCUAUGUUCCACUUGUACAGCUGCAAUGACCAACAAGGCUCAUCAUGUGUAUAUAUAGACUUUUUUUUAUAAAAAGAAAUGUAAAACUGAACUGUCAAUACAUAGAAGUUAUUGUUAAGAAAAUCUUAACUCUGAAACCAAUGUCUGUUUUAGGAUGUUGUGUGUUAUUUGUCACGUCUAUAUACGUCUCACGUUUAAACUUUCACAAAUGUUUGUACAUGUGGCACUUUUCACUGAAAUCACUGUCUUUUUUAAUCAUUAUUUGUACAUAAGCCUCAGUGUUGAAGUGACUCUUUUCUGAUUGGUGUGCAGUGAUUCAUGGGUGCUGUUUGGGUUUGGUUUGAAUCCAUUGGUCUUUGUUGGGUGAGGCUUUGUCAUUUGUGAAAUUCAAACAUAUGACGUA